GCCAGGGUACCGCACGCUCCGUUGUGUACGGUAGUUUGACACGUAGGAAGAGAUGGCGGAACUCUUCUGCGACGAUAAGAGGAGAGAUGCGAGUGGCGUACCUGGUAUGUGUAACCUCAGGGUCCUCAAUGCUCACUUCUGUUGCCCGUCCCGACUCACCCUCACAGGUGGAGUGACUGUCAUAGUGGUGUUGCUUUCAUUCUUCCUCAUCGGCGGCGGACGACCGGUCGGGACCGGAUCAGCUUUGGCGCAGUCGUCGGCGCGAUACGUCCGCUCGCKCGCAGGCGCAAUUCCUCCCCAUCGUCUUCCAGAAGACCAAAGGGUGCUGCUAACAUCCGGCAGUUGCCCUGGUUUAAUUGUCCUCGACGAGUCUCUCGUGGUUGGCUCCUGCAAAGCCAUCCUUGCGUAUGAGAAGGACGCCCCGUUCGUCCCCGGUUCCAACGACACGGGUAUGGUGUGCAAACCCAUGGUACGCAACAUCGUGUUCCAGCCCGGUGGUGGUCCCAAGUUCUGCUUCCUUCUCGAUCAGAUCUGCUGGACGGACGGACAGAUGACAACGCCAAGCAGGCGUCGUAUGUCAGUCUAUGAAUCAUUGUUGAAUACGGAAGCUGUGGAAGGUCGGUUGAUAAGCGACUGGUGGCCGGCGCGCGAGGCAACGGGAGCCCGACUGACUCACUUCACGUGCCAAGACGAUAACUGCACGUCGUACAUGCAUGUCGCAACGGGGAUGGCUCUGUCGAAGUCUGGAUUGGAGCUGAUCUUGUCGGGAUACCAUUCUGCAAUUCCGCGGGGAUCUUGGCUGACCACGCUCAAUGCCGAGACGAGGGAGAGGAGUUCUGUCUCGGUGCAGGUGGAUUUCGCCACCGGGAUGGCUAUCGAUCCCGACAUGACCACUCUGUUCGUCGCGACGGGGGGGGUCCCUCCUCUUCGGAUCUUGUCUUCUCCGAUUACCCUCGCUCCCAACGGCGACAUUCCCAGCCAGGAACUCUCCACUCCCUCCCCUCUCUUCUGCUUCGAUCAAUUUCACGAAUGGGACACGUCAUCGAUAUAUUUCGGUCCCUAUAGUUUCCCCCGCGAUGGCAGGUGCUUGCACUUCGUCGAUCGCAAUCCCGGCGGCAGCGUUUGGGCACUCGACCGUUCGUCGAAUGUGGUCCAUCUUGUCGCUGGACGUGGAUUCACCCCCGCCUACUCGCCGCAAAUAACAAGUACAAGUGCUAACACCAGUGGAAACGGUAGCAGCAGUGGGGGUAAGAUAGUGAUGUCCAACGCUUUAAACGUAUCUUUCGGAGAGUUAAACGAUCUAGUCGUCACCGAGGAUGGAAUGAACAUCGUCGUCUGCGAGAGAGACACAGGUUUUGUGAAGCGGAUAGAGCUCGACUCUCCAUGUGGAGUCGGGAUUAGAGUCACGAACGUCACGCGGUACACUAAACGCUAUGGAUAUGGCGUGGGUUCUUUGGCCAUGGGAAACUUCAGCGGAGAGCUCGUCUUGCUGCUAGGCACAGACGACGGGGAAGUGUUCCAGCUCACCAUCAACAGAUCAGCUCUGCAGCCUUAUGCGGCCCCACGUAGCGACUCGUCACCCUACCCCAACGCUGCUCAUCCCAAUUCCUCCAUCUCUCCUCCUAACCCUGCCAACGACACUUCCUCGCAAUCGUGGGGGAAAUCGUUGCGCAGAGGCGGAGAAGGCGGGAACAACAUCGUGCUGGGUGUCGGUGUAUUCUUCGGUGUUUCUCUGCCGCUUCUGUUAAUCGUGAUAGUCGCUCUGCUAUGCCGUAGAGCACAGCAGCGCCGCCGAGGGCCAGAACGUUCUGUACUAGUCCACGGCGUCGAAGUCUUUGAUUUGAAGACCUUAAGGGCAGCGACGAAGAGUUUCCACCCGUCUCGACGGAUUGGGAAGGGGGGGGGGGGCACCGUCUACUUUGGUUUACUGCGGGGUAAGAAUUCACCGGCAAGGCCGAUCGCUGUCAAGGUCAUGCCCGACGCACUGCCAAAAAUCAACGAAGACUUCUUCCACGCAGAGUUGGAGACGCUCAGCCGGAUACAUCACGGCAAUGUGUGUGGAUUGAUUGGCUACUGUCAAGAUGAGAAUGCGUUGAUGUUGGUUUACCCUUACAUGGCGGGCGGGAGCUUGUACGAUCGACUCCAUGGACAGCAUGAACGUCUGGAAAGAGAAGAGCCAGGAGGGGCAAUACCGAGAGAAGUGCCACCGAGAGAAGCAGGGGGAGAAGGUGCCGAAGAGCCAGGAGCGUCACUAGUAGCCGAAGCGGAGUUGGUACACCUCACACGUCCCUCCGCUCCCCUUACCCUGGUCGAGCGUUUGGUGGUGGCGUUUCAGAUUGCCAAGGCUCUCCGCUACCUUCAUUCCGAAAUCCUCCCCAGAGUUAUCCAUCGCGAUGUGAAGAGUGCAAAUGUGUUAUUGGGAGAAGGAGAAGGUACGCAGUUGAAGGCAUACCUAGCGGAUUUCGGUCUGGCCCAUGUGCUGGAGGACAUUCUACAAACAGCCGGCAAUACAUCCACACGAAGGACGGGUUGGGGAACGCUUGGCUACAUUGCCCCCGAGUACGGUGAAGGGGGAAGGCCGAGACCGAAGAAUGACGUCUACUCUUUUGGCGUUCUGCUAUUGGAGCUCCUGACUGGCAAAAAGGCCGCAGUUAAAGACGAGAAACUUGGCGAAUACGUAAUCCUAAUCAACGAGCAGAUGGACAACCUGCGCAAGGCGGACACCGUCGAUCUCGACAAGAUCUUCGAUCCUGCCAUUAAAGAGCAAAUCCAUACUGAACCGAUGAAGACAACGGCGAGAGCGGUGUUCCUUCUUGUUGCUGAUUGUGUUUGCGAAGAKAAAGUWAGACUUAGCAGCCAGRUGGUAGCCACGAAGAUGGAGUACAUUCUAAAGACGGCCGGGAUAAUUGUGGAAUGAUUCAGGCAAUCCACGCCCGUCAGCCGUUAGCGAAUCAGUGGAGAAUGGUUGGUGUUCUACUGUCAUAAAUCA